UUAUUUUUGUGUGGUCUAAAUUAAGCCCUAGGCGUCCUUCCCGUUUGUUUUACUUGUCUUAUCUCUUGCUAAAAAAAUGUAAAGAAAUACAGUGAAAUGUUAGAAAAUGAUGAAAACAUAAACAUACAAACAAUAAUAAUUAAAACUUGUCAUAAUGCCAGACAUUUUUGCAAGCUACCCACAAUUAAUGUGUAUUGUGUUGGAAUUUACUUCGUUCAACUCGCAUUUAGAAACCUUAUCAGUAAAACGAGACGUGUGAGGAAACAAUUUGUGUGUUUUAUGAGCCGUAAUUACACUCGCUUUGUAAUAAACUGAACAAUUCAAAAUCUAAGGCUACAUUUCAAAGAGUUUAUAGAACUGUUUAGUUGAGUUAAACAAGCAAUAGUAGUGGCAAACCUUUGAACGCACAAAAAUGGGUGAUGAAUUUGAUGGUUGCGAGUGUGUUUGGUCGCACGAGUACGCAAUGCAGCGACUAUUGGCGAUGAUACGCCAGAGUCAGAAUCAUUGCACGGAUACGGAAUGCGUCGAUAUAUCGGGUCGCAUGCGUGAGACCACUACAACUGGCACUGGAAAUGAGGAAAGUAACUUCACUAUGGUUACAAUGUUUAUGAUCUUUGCGGUGCUUAUGUAUUUGAUAAGGCCAGAAUCGAUUAUGAAAUUAACAAAUACAAAACGGCGUUCGCAGAGACAAGAUCCUAAUGGUGGCUUGCCACCACCACCGCCGCCACCGGCACCGCCUGCAGUCAAUUAAUAUUGGCGCUUCGUUACGUGCGAACUGCAAACACUAAAUUUUUUGUCUAUCAACUGUAAAUCAAUACAAAUAAGUUAACACCACCUAUUUUUUUCAAGUAUAAUUCUAAAUAAUUGUUCCCUAAGGGCUUUCUAUCAUGCGAAUUUACAUUGCAACCGUUUUAAAAUUAUUAAAAGAUGUUUAUAAUGGGUUCUAAAGAGCUUAAAAACAAACAUUUGGAAUAAAUUAAAUUAUUGUGCAAUAAAAAUUGAAAACUUUUAGGCAUGUUAUAGAUCACGCGAAGAAAAUAUAUGUAUUUAUAAAAUUUCUAAAUAAUUUGUAAUUAUUCAAAAAAUAUAUAACAAACUUUUUCUGCAACUAAUGCAAACCAUUCCAUACAAGGAUUUCUCAAGUGAAAAUUAGGAACACCAAAUUUGCUCGCAAAUCAAUAAGAAUAUAUUUGUAAUUGAAUAUAUAAGAAUAUAUGUAUAUAUGUACAUGUAUGUACAUUCAUAUAAAAUAUUUGAUUGUGCAAGUGUUUUAAUAAUGUGAUUUUAUUGUGAAAAUUAUAUUGGCUCGCCCUUGGUGUAUCUUAGAAGCGUGAAUGAAUAUAAAGUGUUCUUUGUGAAAAGCAUAAAAAUUAAAAAAAAAAAAUCUAAGACGAUUUAACAAAUGCCACUUAUUCAAAGCAAUUAAUAUUACCACACAUAUAUACAUAUAUAUGUAUAUAUAAAUGUGCGUAUACAUAUCUGCAUAAACAUACUUUGUUUUUGAUUAAAUGCUGCAGCUUGCAUUGUAUAUCACGAACUUGAAGUAGAUAGUUGGUAAUAUUUCUUAUGUUAAAUUCUUAUACAUAAUCUGAAUAAAUAAAUUUACAACUGCACACAUAAA